UGAACAGAGGCCCCCCCAGCAAAAUGACCGAACAAGAACCCACCCCCGCCGACCUAGCCCUCCGCGACGAAGAAGAAAAAGCCCGCAAGGCCCAAGAAGCCGCCGAACAAGCCGAGCUGCCUUACAAAUGGACGCAGACCAUCCGCGACGUGGACGUGACUAUCCCUGUCCCUGGUGCACUCCGUGGUCGGGACUUGGACGUUGUUCUUACGAAAACGAAGAUCCGGGUUGCGGUUAAGGGUCAGGAUGCUGUUAUUGAUGGCACAUUCCCCCACCCCGUCAUCCCCGACGAAUGUUCCUGGACAUUGGAAUCGACGUCCUCCCCUCCGGGCAAAGAAAUCGUGAUUCAUCUGGAUAAAGUGAAUAAGGUGGAAUGGUGGCCGCAUGUUGUUGUGGGGGCACCGAAAAUCGACGUUAGUAAGAUUACGCCCGAGUCGUCGUCGUUGAGUGAUUUGGAUGGGGAGACGAGGGCGAUGGUCGAGAAGAUGAUGUAUGAUCAGAGGCAGAAGGAGAUGGGGGGGUUGACGAGUGAUGAGCAGAAGAAGAGGGAUAUCUUGAAGAGAUUUCAGGAGGAACAUCCUGAGAUGGAUUUCUCAAAUGCGAAGAUCGGUUGAACUGGUUGGUGGGUGAUGGUGGUAGGUAGGUGGGGUAUGAAUUAUGAAGCUGUUUGUAUGCUAGGCAUUGUUGCUACGAAGUGUGUGGGUUCAGUUGUUAAUGGUAAGAUGGUUAGUGUAAAUUUUUUUCAGACCUUUUGUUUCGUGUAAAAGGGCACUGUUUCUUCUGGCCACAUAUCAUGUUCCCGAGUGGCACCCGUACGUAGGCUUACUAGGACAUAACACCGUGAGCUAGUCAAGAAUCAAGAAGAUGGGCCUGCACUGUGUGCAGCAUAGGAUGAUAAGGAUUUGGGGGG